GCGAUUCUUAAGGCCAUGCCUGAUCCUACGGUCGUAGAGUUCAAGACCGUUCAUAACCGGGAAGCCAGCAAGCAUCAGGACCAUCAUUCAGACCCUGCACCAGAACCACCGACACCUGGAGGGGAUCAUAGUAACGAUGAAGGACAUGCAGAGAAUAGCAAUCAAAAGGAUGAGGGUGGGAAAAUGAACGCGGAGCCGGAAGUGGACGCGGAGUCGGAAGUGGUCAAGGCACCGUCAUCUUGGUGGGCGAUUUCAUUCUCGUCUUUAAUGGCAUCCAUCACAUCUGCGCCGUCGACUCAACAGCCCUCGGUGACUACCAUCACGACGACAGUAACAACUGUCACCAUGACUGAGGACGAUACAGAGGACGCAACGACGAAGUCAGGAGGGUCCGAGGAAGAAACCGUCUUGGUCCGACCCGCCUCCAGCACCGACCCAAUAACUCCCCCAUCAGAUACAAAAUCCGAAAAGGGAGUAGGGACAGAGAAGCGAAAAGGAACCAUCACCAUGACCACGACAUCAUCUACAACGACCUCCGAAAUCAAUGCUGCGGACCAGACCAUCCUCAACUCGACCCUGAACUCGAUCAAGAAACAGAUCGCAGCCCUUGGCAAGGCGCCGCCCACGAAUGUGAUUAGCGCAUACACAUACUGGUGGGGGUAUGAGAUCUACGUGCCCCACAAAUGUAUGUCGAAACUCCAACGGGUCACCAACACCAGUCAGAUCUUUUUUGGAUUCUUGAGUGGUGCUGUUGCGGGCAUGCCAGGUUUGGCAGCCUUGGUUCCACUCUCGAGGAUCAUCUCUGCAUGGGUCGGGUUCCAGUGGGCCGUUAUCCAAGCGCAGGACUUGGGUAAGGGCGUUGUCCUAUCGGCUACAUGGGUACUGCCGGUGGCAUUGGCACCGAGGUCAUGGGACCAUCCUGGAACUGAAGAGGAUCCAGCGCCCGUCGCCUGUCCGAAUCCAAAGCAGAAAAAGAUCAAGUCCGCGUAAACAACGCGUUCAUACAACCUACCGAAUACUAAUAAUAAUAAAUUCGA